AUGACGAAACAACUCCAAGAUCGAGAUAGGAUGGAAAUCGACGAGGAUCCCCAAGAAGCUUGGACACAGGUCAUACCGGACAUUGAGAGAUUGCCGGACACAGUUCUGCCAUCUCGAUCUCUGACCAGGGUUCAUACUCCUGGUCCUCAGGUUGAAGAGUCGAUACGAUACAGUAUCUUGGGUGGUAGCAUUGGAUCUGGGAGGUUCGGAAAGGUAUACAAGGCUGUGAAUGUCGACACAGGGGAUCUUUUUGCCGUCAAGGUCAUAAAGCUACCUGAACAAGCUUCAUUGGGCGAAAGGUAUUGGACUGCUUUCCGACCUGAGGUGAAACAAGAGAUCGAAAUUCUUUCUUCCUCGAAUCACGUUAGUAUCAAGCCCUUUCAUAUUUUCCACGCCUCACUGACAUUUCCGAAGCCGCACAUAGUCGAAUAUAUCAACCACCAAGAGUAUAAGAAUGGAACCUCUAAUGCAGAUAUAUUCAUGGCCCUAAAGGACGGUGAUCUUGCCUCACUGCUUCUUCGUGGUUAUGUGCAAUCGCCAUUCGACAUUGCCGACAGCGUCUUGAACCACAUGCUUAAAGCAUUGAAAUUCCUCGCAGAUAAGAAAAUUGUUCAUCGAGAUGUGAAGCCAGAGAAUAUCCUGUUUACUUCAUUGCCGAAUGGAGAAUACCACUUCCAGCUCUGUGAUUUCGGUCUAUGCAGCCGCAUGAAUCGUGCUCGGACCUUCGUUGGGACCCCGUGGUACAGGGCCCCCGAGGUGAUGGGAAAAGGGAUUCAGUCGACUAAGAUGGAUAUCUGGUCCCUUUUUAUGACCAUGGCAUGGUCAUUGGAUGUUAAUGGUUUCCGCCAAGCUUUGCGAAACUCGCAGGGUUCUGAAAUGCCCAAUGGUAUCAUCCAGUCCACGCGAGAGGAUCCAAUUCUUGAACCCAUUAGAGAAAUGGCGGAGUUUGAUCCAAAAAGGCGUGCUUCCGCGGCACAGAUGUUGAAAACAUGGCGGGGUGGGGGCAAAGUUAGCGGGGUCAGUGAAGUCUUACCAACCCUCCCCAACAACACUCGACCUAGGGGCGCGACCGACUCACUACCAGGAACCAUUCGCGGGAUCAUCCCACAAUCAUGUCCGAUUGAAGCAGUGGGAGCACGAAGACCGCUGGAUAAUCAACUGAGAGGAACAUCAGGAAGCGGGGUGCGCAAGGCAAGAACCACACGUUCUAGUUCUCAAACCUAUGUCCGUGAUCUAAAAAGGCUUCGAAAUCCUGGAGUUCUGAAUCUUUAG